AAUAACUAAGUUAAGUUAAGCGUGAAGUUAGGGAGGUGUGCCACCACCCUAACUACAACACUUUCAACCAAAGCUCCACUGAACUGUACUUACCCACAAACCAUAAUAAACCCAAUUUCACAGAUGAUCACAUGCUAAUGCUCUCCUUUUCUUAGCUUCUUAUGUCACUUUUAACUAAUACCCAUUUGCAAAUUCACCCUUUUUUUAAAUAUUUACUAAUCCCUAAACCCCAAUAAACCAUAUUCCCUCAAAAAGAAUUUCUGGGUUUUUUAGAAAAAGUUUGUAUCUUUUUAUCUACACCUAAUUGCCCAGAUCUGUAGCCUUGAAGCCUCAUUUUUAGAAGUAAUUUUUAUUUGGUGCUAUGAAGUGAAAAAAAUCAUAUUUUUUUGUGGGGGAGUGUGAAUUGAAGCAAAGAUGAUUCAGUUGUUGUUUUUGGUGCUUUUUGCUGAGGGAAUUAUGGCAUUGUUAUUACUGGUGAAGAUUGGGCCUUUAAGAGAGCUGGUGAUGAAGAGUUUAGAUCAGUUAAAGAUGGGUAAAGGUCCUGCUACUGUUAAAACUAUUGCUAGUACUAUGUCUGUCAUUCUUCUGUCAAGCCUUAUGAGUAUUAUUAAGAUCCAGAACAAGGGUGCCAAGCUUGGAACCAUGUCACCUAUGGAUCAGGUUCUUUGGAGAACUCACUUGCUUGAAGCCUCACUCAUGGGUUUCACUCUUUUUCUUGGUUUCAUAAUUGAUCGUAUGCACCACUAUCUCACAAAGCUUGUCGGGUUGAGGAGUAAAAUUGGAUCAUCAAACGACGAAGUUGAAAAGCUUCAGAAAGAGAAAACGCAGAUUAAAGAAAAGGAAGAGAAAGCUUCUAUGGAGAUAAAGCAACUGAGGGAACAAGUUUCUACUCUAUCAGAAAAUUUAAAGAAGCUGAAGUUGGAAAAUAAAGAGAAGGACAAGCAAUUAGAAACUGCGGAAUCCCACGUUGUUUCUCUUCAGAAACAAUCUGCUGACUUACUACUUGAAUAUGACCGUCUCUUGGAAGAGAACCAAAAUCUUCAGGCUCAUUGUCCAGGAUACAAAAGCUGACGGUACGAGCAACUUAUGUAGUCAAGUGAUUUUGAUCGCUGGCGGUGCUGCAGAAAAUCUCUCCGUGAUUUCACUGAAUAUUGACCAUUGGUUGAUGCAUCUUCAUUAGGUAAAAAAGAAUGCACUAGCGACCCGGUUUUUCCCCAGAAUAGGAAAUGGCUACAUGUGACCAUGAUUGAAAAUUUUGUAAUAUCUCUUCAAUCUAGAAUCUUUGGCUCAUCCUCUAUUUUUUACUCUGGGUGGCUCCUUCCUUGUCUUUCCAUUUUCUCUUACUGAUAUAGAUUUAUGAUUUUAUAUUACCAA